AUGGCUGCUGAAAGAGAAUGCAAGGUCCUUACUGCAACCUGUCACUGUCGAUCUGUGCAUUUCACAGUUACCCUUCCGAGUGACGCUCUCCCACUGAGCGUUCACCUUUGCCACUGCAGUGUGUGCCGCUAUACGCAUGGAGCCCUCAGUAGCUUCCAUGCCCCGCUUCCCAGAGAUGUUCAUCCCAAAUUCAUCUCACCGUCAGGCCUUGACAAGUUGACACCGUAUACGCACUCGCAGUCCACAUCUACUCGAUUCUUUUGUAGCAAAUGUGGUUGUCAUGUUGGUGACCGUGAUCACGCCGAUGGCCGCUGGGUGGUCUCCAGCGCCAUCUUCGACCACGGCGGAGACGAAAGUGUCUGGAAAAUAGACUCACAUAUUCAUGCCAACGGUAGUACUCAUACCGGGCUGUUCGAGCUUGUGCCUCAGAUCAAGGGUCGUGAAAUUACCAUUUCAACUUCGGAGAACCAGAAAGAUGAGACAUCCGCACAGGACAAUGUGAAGGCCCAGGAAUGCGAAGACGGAUCUCUACGUGCUGAAUGUCACUGUGGAGGUGUCUCAUUCAACAUCUCCCGUCCUAGUCGAGAUUUCCUUCAGAAUCCUGCGAAUCGUAAAUGGGUUCUGGAAGGGAAAGAUGACAAAUGGCUAGGUGUACUGGAUGUAUGUGAUGACUGCCGCUUGGUCACUGGGGCGCAUGUCGCAGCCUGGAUGUUCGUCCCGGUGGACCAUAUAUCGCCUUCACCUCCAGAUGAUCGAGUUAUAGGGACUUCGAGACGUUAUGCAUCAAGUGAUGGAGUGGUGAGGACCUUUUGUGGGACAUGUGGCGCCGUGGUCUUCUAUACUUGUAGCGAUCGCCCGGAAAUAGUGGACGUCGCAGUUGGUAUCUUACGGGACCCAAAGUCCGUAUUGGCAGAGAACUGGGUCGUUUGGAGAACUGAAAGAAUUGCUUAUCUAGAAGAUGGCUUACGAUAUGAUGAAGAGUUGAUACAGUCUUUGGAUGAGGGCUUACAGAGAUGGGGAAAGGAGAAAUUUGGAAAGUUGGAGUAUUUUCGUGUAGGAUAG